UCAACCGGUAAUGAUCGUUUUGAAAUGAUAGCAUGUGGACAGUUUUAUUUGUUGUUGUUACGACAAGAUGGCACUGUUUUUGCUUUGGGUGAUAAUGAAUUUGGUCAAUUGACCGGUAAUUCAGAGUCAUCGUAUGAUACUGUCGUGAACACUGGUUUGAAUUAUAUCAAAAUAAUAGCUUGUGGCUCGUGGCAUAGUCUUGCUCUCACCAAUACGAAUCAAAUUUAUUCCUGGGGCUAUAAUAAGUAUGGACAGUUAGGUCAAGGGGAUACAAAUAACCGAAUUAAUACACCUUCACUUGUUUCAUUUCCCGAUGUUUCGAUUAAUAGUCCAAUCAAAAAUAUUGUCGGUGGUCGAUGGCAUUCUUUAUUUUUAUUGGAGGAUGGUCUGAUUUUUUGGUGUGGUUAUGGUCAAGGCACUAUUGAUGAUAAUAAUCAAGAUGUAAAAAUACCAACAAAAUUACCAAUUGAAAAUGUGCUAAGUGUAGCUUGUUAUUAUCAUCUGAAUUUUUCACUGGUUAUGGAUCAAUCCUUACAUUAUUAUGUAUGGGGUGAAGUAAGAGGAGAAACAUUGUUAUCACCCCAAAAAUUGGAUGAUAAACCGAAAUCAUUCGCUGCUGCAUCAGCAAUGGUAGCGGAAUCAUCAAUCACUUAUGGUAUAACAUCAACCAUCUAUGUGUACGAAUCGCAUAAUUGGCUAUCAUUUAUUGGAUUAUUUGAUAAUCCGGAUAAUUAUGAUGUAGAAUUUAUUAUUGGUGACAAACGAAUAUUGGCUUCAAAGUGUUAUCUGAAAAUGUCAUUAAAAUAUUUUAGUAGAAUGUUUUCAGGUGAAUGGAUGGAAAAUACUAAAGUGUUCAUCAAGGAUUAUAGUUAUGAUUCCUAUUACACAUAUCUACGUAUGUUACAUACUGGUCAUAUCCGAAUCAAACAAUCCAAUAUAGUCGAACUUAUUGAUUUGGCAAAUUGUUAUGAUGAUGAACGAUUGAUGAAACAUUGUCGAACAUUCAUACGAAGCAAUCUCAAUGAACAUACUUUAUCCAUUUAUCUUCCAUUGAUUAUCAAAUAUGAACUUAAUGAUAUGCAUGACAAACUUGUAGAGUUAACAAUCGAAAAUAUUUUACCAAAAACUGCUAACGAUCUUCGUGAAAACAAAGAAAAUAUUACCCAAUUUUUAGUAUGGUUUUCUGAGAAAAAAUCUCUUUGA